UUUAUAUCCUGAGCGUGACUUCAUGUGCGAACUUUGUAUUACUUGUAAUCACUUUUAGCUGUGUUGCCGAGCUUCCUUAAACCAGCUACUUGGCACAAAUCACAGUGAGCAAGUUCGCUGAAUAGGGUCUAAGCGUCUUUUUGUGACAAAAUUAACCUUUGUAAUACAGCUGCACAUAUCCGCUUCCUGUAUCCAGGACACUUGCAUUGGUUGUUGCCAUGUUUACACUGAAAGAUACGAAGGAAAAUGCAACAAUGCAGGAAAAGACAGAAAAAGGACCGAAAGCCUCGAAGGAAGCAUUAGAGUUCCUUUCCAGCAUCAGACCUGAAGAUAUAGAUCGGUGCCUGUUCAUGGACUCUAUGGUGACGGUUUCAGAAACUGGCAAAGAUAUAGGAGAGUUCUGUGUUACUGUAAAGAAUGCCGUCUAUAAUGAUGAACCUUGUUACUUGGUACAUGCUAACAGCCAUGGAGCAAUCGACAACAUCCCCUGUGGCACUUCGAUUAUGUCUUAUGUAUCCAAGAGUCUUGAAACAUUAGAGGAGAGUCACGAGGAAUAUAUGAAGCUACAGGAACACACACUGGACAAAAAGAUGCACAUAGUAAGGCAAGGCAAUCAUCUAGUGGUGAACAGAGUCAUCUCGCAGAAAGACGAAGUGAAGAAUAAAGUAUUCACCUUCCCUCUGCAUACUCUACAAGGUUUCGUAUCUGAGACCUCCAACCUCUUGAUCAUGCGCAUUUUGGCUCAACAGAAAAAAGUUCCAGAAAAUUUGACAUUCCUGUCAUUUGAUGCCGACACCCAGGUUGGCGUGUCGACCUACAGGAAGCUGGAGGUGACGAAACAGGAAGUGGGCAAAGAGAUGGUGGAGGUAUUUGGUAUUGAGAGGACUGUCUCCUCAGCAGAACCCCUGCAAACCCCUGCAACCUGGCACUGCUAUUUCCUGCCAGAUGGACAUUUAGCCAAAAGAGUACAGGUGGGCUCAUCGGUAACAAUGAACCUCUUACAUCUUCCUCCUGUAACGAGUGAAGAUGAGAGAGCUCAUAAAUCAGUCUAUGUGAAGAAGCCCCUUGUCUGGGAAGAGGACAUAGAGCUGUACUCGAAGUUUAUUGACAAAAAGGAAGAAAUGAAGGCUGAUUACUCCUCCUAUAUCAGACAGCACCCUGAAAUUAAAGCACUACUGGCUGACUUCCUACAAAUGGUGCUGUUAAGAAAGCCUCAGGAUGUUUUCUCCUUUGCCAGUGACUUCUUCUCUGCAUUUGACUCUCGACGCCCACCACUCAGCAGCUUUGAAGCGUCACCGGAUACAACAGCUGCUAAAGAUGACAAAUCUUAAUGUUUUGCAAUGAAU